CGGGUAUAACAAUUUUCUGUUUGUGAAUCAAAGAAAGUUGAUCGAUGUAAUUCAUUAGUUUCUUCACCUUUUUUUUUAUAUCAAAUUUAGUCAGAAGAAAACUAUGAACUUUUAACAAAAGCUGAUAGUGAACAUGAUUCGUAAUUAAUUAGUAAGAAUGACGACAACAGAUGAUAAGCUUUUCAUUGUGUUGUCAAUAAACGAUGAAGAAAUUUAUUUUUUUACUUCGAUAAGAUAGUGUUUUCCGAAAAAGAUCAGUGCUGUUUAUUCGCUGUCUGUUUCAUAAUUACCUUGUUAACGGAAAUCAAAAUUUCGUAAAAAGACAGAAUCGUAAUAGUGAACAAAAUAUCACUGCUGUAUUCACUGUCAGUCACAUAAUGUUUACCUAAUUUUGUUUUCAUGUGACACAUACGCCUGUGACAUUUCCUACAUUUUACCAGCUGACAAGAACAGGCCAAGUCAAUCCUAUAUACACACGACUUUGCGUUUCAGCUUCUAAACUGUUAGGUCUCUCAUUUUUGAGUAAAUUUUAAUAAUGGCUGGAGAUAUUACUAGCAGUGGGGCUCAGUACCCAACAGUGUUGGGACUAAUAUACGUUUUUAACCUGAUCGUUGGUACUGGAGCUCUUGCAAUGCCUAAGUCUUUCCACAGUGCUGGUUGGCUGCUGAGUAUCAUCUUCCUUGUUAUACUAGCAUUCAUUAGUUAUCUGACAGUUACCUUUGUCACAGAAGCCAUGGCAGUUGCUAAUUUUAAAUUAAAGAUGGGUCGUAACAAUAAGAUCCGUACGACAUUUGCUCGACGACAUACUUUUCUUGGUUGGAAACCAAUUAGACAUAAAAAAGAUACCAUUGUGUAUGAAAAUAAUGAAGAACAACCACUUUUGGAUCAGGAAGAUGAUAGUGAUGGCAAUGCUAACAAACUGUAUGAUAUCACAGAGAGAGUCGAAAUGGGUCACAUGGCAUCACUGUUCUUCAACAAAGUUGGUGUGCUAUUUUUCUACAUCUGCAUAAUAGUUUACCUGUAUGGAGAUUUGGCAAUUUAUGGAGCAGCUGUUCCAAAAUCUUUAAGGAAUUUAGCUUGCACCACCAACUUAACAGACACUAAUAGAACUGCAAAUGAUGAUGACAUCUGCUGGCCAGGAUCUGAUAUCUCUCGGAAGAAUGCUUACCGUAUUUUUAUUGUUGUAUUUGCUUUAGUUUUGGGUCCAUUUACCUUUUUUAAUGUUCAAAAAACUGGAUAUCUUCAGAUUUUUACCUCAGUCUUUCGAUGGACAGCAUUUACUAUUAUGGUUGUACUGACUGCUAUUCGAUUAAGCCACGGUGAAGGAAAAGGCCAUCCACCAGUUUUUAACUUUUCCGGAAUCCCAAAUCUGUUUGGUGUAUGUGUAUACUCAUUCAUGUGUCAUCACUCCCUUCCAUCAUUAGUGACACCAAUCAAGAACAAAAACCAGAUUUUCAAUCUUCUAGCAGCAGACUACUUCUUAAUUUUACUUUUCUAUGCCUUGCUGUCAUUUACAGCCAUUUUUGCAUUUGAUGAAAUUAAUGAUGUCUACACAUUAAAUUUCUUCCCAAAUUCAAACAGUGAUUCACAACAGUUAAUAACUGACAGUAAAUUUCUCCAAUAUUUCCUCCUUCUUUUUCCUGUUUUUACACUCAGUACAAAUUUUCCAAUUAUAGCUGUUACACUUCGGAACAAUUUGAAAACAUUGUUUUAUAAUCCCGAGAAACCAUACCAUUGGUUUAUAGAUAGAAUCUUCUUCCCAUUGCUUGCUAUCAUACCUCCUUUGAUUAUAGCUAUCAUCACAGAUGAAGUAGAAUUCCUUGUUGGAAUUACAGGUUCCUAUGCUGGCAGUGGAAUUCAGUAUAUCGUUCCAGCCUUGUUAGUAUAUUUUGCUCGCAAAGAAGAAUUUCUAACAUUUAACCCUUUACCUAAUAACAAAAAGUCCAUGUUCAAAAGUAAAUAUUGGGUGUGGUUUGUAAUGGUUUGGUCAGCGUUUUGUUUAAUUUUUGUUACUGCAAAUCAUGUCAUUUUAAAAUCUUGAUAUUAUGGAUAUUUAUUGAACAGGUGAAGAAAAAGUUCCUCUUCAAUAAGAGUCUAGCAACAGAAGACUUUUAGUAUAAAAGAACAAGCUAUAACUUGUAGAUCUGCUUUGCUGAUGUUUUAUCACACAUUAAAUAUUUGAAGGGAAAUAAAAUUACAUAUAUGUUAUAACCAAUUUUAUUUAAACUAUUUUAUCUAUGAAGAACAAACCUAUUUUUAAGAACAGUAACACAGGUGAAGUUAUUUAGGAAGCAUCAAUUGAUGAUGUAUGUGGACUUUAUAGUUAUAGCUUCUAAAAGAUCUGAAUACUCAAUUACUUUUAAAAUUCUUAAGAGAUUACACCUUGUAUAUUGCUAGAUUUUAAAAUUCCUAACUUUUAGAGCAAGCAACAAAAGCAGACUAACAGUACUGACAUUUUAAUCAUUUUUAAAAUAAAAAAAAAAAUCUUUGCUUUAGGUAUAAAUAUCAAUUUUGAAACGGGUAUGUGAUUGUUAUAAUCAACCUCAGUGUCUUACUAUGACUGAUUUCAUCAGUACUAGAAGUGGAGAAAGACAAAACCAUCUGAAGUCUAAUUUCAGCUUUGAAUACACGAAAGAUGAAGUUACUAUAUCUAAGUUGGUGCUCCAUAUUGGAGAUUUUGAUUAUUAUAAACUAGCUGCUGACAUAAAGAUAGUGAUUAGGAAGGAUUAGAAUGCUCCUAAAUAUUAAUCAUUUCUUGGGAAUUGAGAUUUUUAAAAUAAAGAUUUUUGAAUCAUAUUUAUCAAUUUAUACAUUUUUUUCAGUCAAUCUCUGAAUUACGAGACGUACUGAAUACAAUACCCACUCAAAAAUUGACACUUGUAAAUGUUUGGUUAAUUAGUUUUAAAGUAAGGCAACAUCAAAUUAAUUAGCCAAAAUAUUUUUUUUAUACAUAUAUAUAUAUAAUUAAUGUUUAGUGAAUUCUGAACAGGUAUUUUACAAGUAUAAAUCUAACAUUUAAAUCUGCUUCAAAGAAGAGAGAAAUAAGUUUUUCACAGUAGCUAAAUGAUAUCAAAUAUUUUGAUUUCAUUUUGAAUUACAAAAAACAGGAUUCCCUAAUCACAAAGUUGCAGUAGGUUUUACUCCUUAUAAAUUUAAAUUCACUGUUUCCAAUAAGUUAUUACUGUGAUUUACAAACAACUAUUUCUUAUAUCACCAUCCAUCCACAAAUGUGAAUCCUAGAAUUUGGGAUAUUUCUUUCAUUCGUUCUUUUCAUACUUUUCCAAUAACAUACAGUUUUACAAUGACAAAUUUUUUGAUUCAUAUAUUUUAAUAAAACUGAAAAAA